AGUAUACAAAAAUAUCAGCUAUAAAAAAUAUAUAAAAAUGGCAUCGAAAAGAAAACAAAAUUUUGAUUUAUCUGAUAGUGAUGUAUUCAAAAAGAAACACACUUUAGACUCAGAUGAAGAGGACUCCGACGACUACGAACGAGACAAUCUCAACGACAGUGAUAUAGAAGGUGGUGAGGAGGGUGUAGGUAAAGUAGAAGAUGAUGUCAAAAUAACACCAUUUAACAUGCGUGAGGAACUGGAGGAGGGACAUUUUGAUAAGGAAGGCCACUAUCACUGGAACAAAGAAGCUCAAAUUAAGGAUAACUGGUUGGAUAACAUUGACUGGGUUAAGGUAGAGAAAGAUAAAAACUACUUUGAUCCAAACAACGAAGAAAACUCAGCUGAUGGCAGCUUACCUCCUAAACCAUUUAACCAAUCGAUGGCGUUUACCAAAAUGCUUGAGUUUAUGAAGCCAGGGGAAACUGUGCAAAUGGCUUUGCAGAGAUUGGGCCGUAAGCGACCUAAAUUAUCCACACUCGAGAAGCUGCGGCAAAAAAAAGCGGGAAUUGAGAACACUGAAACGCAGCAAAUUGCAAAGCUAACCGAAUUGGCAAACGAAAUAUUGUCAAAUACAGGAAACAUGGAUAUAUAUCAGGAGACAUACGAAAAGAUAAAGCAAAAACUAGAGGAUUUGCCAAGUACAAGCAAGCCUGUGGACGAUUCUUUCGAUAUGUACGCCGAUGAUUUCGAAGAAAAAGAGUCCAACCUCUUAAAAGGCUUACAAAAAGAGGCAAAGGAACCAAGUACAAAUGAAUUAAAAUGGGAGUUUAAAUGGAAGCAGACUGAUGAAGAAAUUCAGGGCCCAUACAGUACAGAGAAAAUGUUCAAUUGGUCUCAAGGAGACUAUUUUAAGACUGGAGUAUAUGUACGCAAAGUUGGGGAGAAUUCAAAUUUUUACUCGAGUAAUAGGAUAGAUUUUGAUUUGUAUUUGUAAACAAAAAUCAUUUGUUAAUGGUU